AUGAGGAGUAUAUUGGAAGAGGCGACUUUGGAAACGCGCAGCAUGCCUCUCGAAAAUCGACCGCGACUUCCCCGCAUACCCCUAAGCAAGCGAAAUCGGGCUGUCGUGAGGGCUCUUAACCCAAUGCUGGUAACCUAUUUGGAAGCCAGCCGGGACCUUUGCGAGACGGACUCAGUUCUUUUUGGCGCCGCAGUGGCAGCUUGCCGUAUUAUUGGCGCCAAACUUCCCAUGGCUGGACGCGCUACUAAACAAAGUAGCGCCAUCCCUGGAGAAAAAGAAUUGAGGACCGUAUCGCAAAGGCAAGGGCCCUUAUCGGCAGACUGA